AUGCACAACUUUGACUAUCUUGAGAAAUCCCCAUAUUCAUUCAAAAACAGUGACAAAUCUAGAUGUAAAAUAAAAUACCUUGGUGGGUUAAGAAUUGCAGUGAAGUUCAUGGACCUGAAAAGCCUCCCACCGGAAUUGUGGUCUAAGGAAAAUUUCACGUCUAUCGAUGUGACCUUUGGUCAGGUAGUGGUUCCAUUUGUUGUGGACCAAAUAGAGGCGAAUCUCUCAUUUGGAAAAGUUGGCAUCAUAACAUCAUCACUAGCAAACAUCAAUUGUGAGUCUUUGGUGGAUGUUAAAGGUAAAAUCAUUAAAAUCGGAAUUUCAGAAGUAGAUAUUGACUUGGUUCCAUUCAAGUCACAUAGAUAUCAAUUGGACGAGAAUUCAUCAUCAGAUGAUGACGGGAAUGAUAAGGAAGGGUAUGACUAUGAGGAUGGUAUAUCUGACACCAAUAACGAUCGGAAUAAUGAAGAAUUAGAGGAUGGAAAGAUAAGAUCUACGGACGUCGCUGUGGUCAUAUUUUUGAUACCUACUCACAUUCCUCUUCCUGACACGGAGGUUGAUUCUCCAUCCUCUUCGUCGGAAAUUAGAAACAUAAUGGAGGUGGACAAUAUAUUGGGCUUCGAGGUCGAUGUUGAUAACCCGAUUCUUAAGGAAGUCCUUGGUGAUGAUGGGGAGAAUCAAAUCAUAUAA